AUGGCAUCCUCGAUAUCACAGCAGUCUAACUCGACUUUUCCUCCCGCCGGAAAGAUAGACCUCUCAAAAAAGCUCUCAAGACCAGCAGGCAAAGGUCGCCUUCGCGGUCCCCAGUCAUCCCAGGAACCCCCGCCUGAGACUCCAGAACUCCCCAAACCAAUCAGCCGAAAAUCUGUCCAGUACAUACAUCCAGUAUCCCGAAUACUAUCCCCCGAGGACCAUGAAGCAUUCCUAUCCUCUCCCACAUACACCCUAGUCCUCGCAUUUAUCUUCAACCUGUCCGACAGCGUCAGGUUCAAGCCCAUAUCCGCUAUCGGAAAACUACCCUCUUCGCCCAUCGCCCUCAAAAUCCUCAAUAUUCUUUCUUCCAUAGAAGCCCUUGUCGAGAAGCACCCAUCCCUCGAUCAGAAUGGCUCCCGAUUUGGCAACCCCGCCUUCCGCUCGCUUUUCGAUGAUGUAGCAGCGCAAAGCCCACAUUGGCAGCGGGAUAUCAUCAAUACCCUUGAUGAUAAUAAUGACGAUGAUAAUGCAGCAGUAGUAGACGAGUUAUCGACAUAUCUAGUGGACUCACUAGGCUCCCGUAGCCGCCUCGACUACGGCUCCGGCCACGAGCUGAAUUUCGUCAUGUGGCUCCUAUGUUUGUACCAGCUGGGUUUACUCGAGCGGGAAGAGUUCCCCAUCCUCGUGCUCCGCGUCUUCGUUCGAUACAUGCACCUCCUGCGCCGGAUACAGGCAACUUACUACCUUGAGCCUGCCGGAUCACAUGGCGUGUGGGGCUUGGACGACUACCAUUUCCUUCCUUUCCUGUUUGGCGCUGCCCAGCUCAUCGGCCAUCCUUACAUCACCCCUCUGGGCAUCCAUAACAAAGCCAUCUUGGACGAAGAAGGGGAUGACUGGAUAUACCUGGAACAGGUCCGAUGGGUGGACAGCGUGAAAACGGUCAAGGGUCUGCGCUGGCACAGUCCCAUGCUCGACGAUAUCUCCGGCGCCAAGAGUUGGCAAAAGGUCGAGUCGGGUAUGAAGAAGAUGUUUAUCAAGGAGGUUCUGGGGAAGUUGCCGAUUAUGCAGCAUUUCAUGUUUGGUGGGCUGAUUCCAGCUGUGCCUGGGAUGGGGGAGCGGAAGGAGAGUUUGGGACAGUCACUUGGUGAUGGGGAUGCUCAUGGCCAUAAGCAUGAUCACUCAAAAAGGGCAACGGACUACUGGGGUGAUUGUUGUGGCAUCAAAGUUCCCAGUACAGUUGCUGCUGGGGAAGAAAUGCGGAAGAGGAUGGGCGGAUCUACCCUGCGACCGAUCCCCUUUGACUAG